AUGACUUCUGAUACGCCUGCUGUUGCCAUAAAUCAUUCUGAAAAGGACGAUCCGUUCGCGUUGGAUAUUGAUAGUGACAAUCGUUGUUAUAAUGUAUUCGAUUUGAAUACCAAAUGUUCGACAGAUGCACUGAAAACAUUUCAUCGAUGCUGUGAUGCGAUUCUCGAACGUGAUCCUGAAUUAUUCGACAUUUGGAUCGAUGAUCAUCGGUUCUAUUCUCACGGGAUAGUCGAAGUCAUCGAGAAUGAACUAAGUUCUUUACAUCACAAGUGUCUGUUUAGUAAUCUCAAACCAUUGCAAGGUUUUCGUUGGCUUGAAGGUUUGUUUUUAGUUAUUGGAAGUUAUUUAAAAUACUUACAAGAAUUCGACGAUCGUGAUCGGCUCGAUGCACUCUUAAACUUAUUCUAUGCUGCUUGGAUUACAUUUUUCAUUCACAAUCGUUACGCUAUUCUACAGCUUAGCUGUCCUUCGCCACCACCAGAUGCCAAUAACAACAACGACGACUGCAUCGUCGUGGAUAAUCAAGAGAAAAGGAUUUCCAAUCCUGUGGUUCAUAAAAGCGAAGAGCAAAUUGUACGACAUUUGGAAAAACAUUUGCCGAACUUCGAUCGAAUACUUUAUGAAGUGAUCGAACUCGGUCACCAAUUAGCAUCGAAACGUCUUCCGAAUUUGGCAAAAUUCGAGGAGUUCUACAAUGUAUGGAGAAAUCCAUCAGGCAAUAAACAUAAAUCAACAGGUGAUUUUAGUCUAAUUAUCGAACGUAUAACCGGUGAGAUUGAUUUCACGUACGAUCCAAAUGAUAUGAAUUAUUCGGCAACAAAAGCAAUCAACUGGAAAAUGGUUUUCUACGACGAAUUUCUUCGCUAUGCUGAUCGAUUUUACGUAAUGAAAAAGAGUUUACCAAGUAAACGACGUACGAUAGGUGGUGAACGAUUUUCCAUCAAUAAAUGGUCGUCAAACAAAAUCAAUUACUUUCUCACGAAAAACAUCUUUAAGCGCAAUCGUAAUAAUGAAUAUGAAAACCAAAUCGAACAACUAUAUCAUUGA